AUGAGUGAUACGCAGAAGGAUCUCGUACAGGGCGGGCGCGCGGGCCAAUUCAGCCAGAAUCACAACUCCCUCGGCGGGGCCGACAAGGACGUCGAGAUGAAUGAGGGGGGUGAAGAAGAUGCCGAUGGCGAUGUUGACGAGGACAUAGAGGCCGAAUCCGAGGAGGGGACCGCCCGUCAAGGAACCAAAGAGACUGGGGAUGCUGUGAUGAAGGAAAGUGAUGGAGUCGAGCAAAGGCGUGAUGCUAAGGAGACAGGUGCUAAGGAGACAGAUGCGAUGGACGUCGACGAUGCGAAGCGCCGCGGUGUGAGCACCCAAGCGGGAAGCAACCCGAAGCAUCCCGUGGGCGACAAGCAGAAGCCGCCCAAGCCCAAGCCUACGCGUCGCAAGCAAGACGAGGAUCCCUCGUCCACAGGUGGAAAAUCCACGGACAAGAAUAGGGGAGCGGCCGCGGCGCCAACGAAGGCAUUGAAGUCGGGAACGGGAGCCAUGUCGGCCGACGACGAUGGCGAUUUACAACUUAUAGAGAAGGUCGCGCCGGCCAUGCCGCCGUCUCCGCGCAAAGAGGAGACCGAUGCACAAAAGAAAGCAAACACGGCCUUUCAGGAGGCCUUGCGCAGGGCUCAGCUCGGGUGCGCGCUGGUGCCGUCGUACGCGCCAGACGCAUUCGGCAUCAACGUUCUCGACGCGGACGCGCUUCAGAGACCGAUCAACGCCCGCAACUUCAAGAAUCUCUACGAGAUGGGCCAGAACAACGCCUUGCUCCCGCACCUUGCCAAAUACUUCAUUGAUAUCAUCGUUGAUCCUGCCCAAGUUGACCCCACAUCUAUCUCGAAGGAUAUCACGGAAUCGCUAGCCGUUAUGCGUCCCGCGCCCGAUUCAAAGAUACCCGUCACCGUGUCCAUCGCAGGGGGGCACCAUCGCGUCCGGGUGCAGAAGACGCUUUGGCUGGAGGCCAGGGGGGCAAAGGCGGUCGAGGUCAUCGGCGAGGUCAAGGACGACUUAGUGAAGAACUGCACGUGGGGUGCGAACGUGUGGGACAAGGCGUUCAUCGACGCGUGCGAGUACGGGUCGGCCAUCAUGCAGCACAUCCGUUCGAACAACAAGACGGAGGCGCUUGGGGACACCGAUGCGCGUGUGCUCGUCACCUUCGCCACCGCCAUGGACACCGACGACGAAGGAUCUCGGCUCAUGACGCUCAAGACCAACCUCCUCAGCAAGAAGAUCAGCGGCGACGUCAAGCAGAUCAUGGGCAGCAUGCCACCGAUGCACAACUUCUUCGUCGACCUCAGCGGUAUUCCGCUGUACACCACCCCGGCGAGCAGGAUCGAAAUCUACUUCAACGUUAGGGACUGGCAUGGCAUUGGUAAAAAAUGGGGCGAGCUCCUUACCACGUACUGCGCGCAGCCAAAGUUCGUCGUACGCAUCCUAGAGGACACCCUCAACGACGACAUGCUCUACAUGAAGAAGGCCGACACUCCUAUGGCCAUAGAGGACAACGACGUCACCAUCAAGGCCCUCUACUCGGAGCGUAUCGGCACCACCAACCUCGGUGGGGUUCGCCUCUCUCCCCAAGGGCGUAUACUGGCCGCGUUACUUGCUGAAGCCUCCGAGGGCGCCUUUUGUGCCGUCGACGGUCUGCGUCUUGCGUUUUCUGCCGCUCUGACUACUGGUUACCUCACGGGGCGGACAGCAGUGCCAGAUUUGCUCGCCACCAAGCUGAUCCAAUACCGCCGGAUUCUCAUCGAGCGCUUCCGAGACGCGGUUGAGUCGCACAACGCGAGCUCGAGCAAGGUCCAGAUCAAGGACACAUGGCUGGUCUGCAACGCCUUCGAGAACAUCAUGGGCUCGACGCUCACUGUCGACGACGCCGUUGGGCCUUUGCGCUGGACGACAAGACUUCCAUUCCCAUGUCCGAAGAUCCUCAUCACCAUCAUGAGCGUCUUCCGCAAGGGUGAGCGUAUCGACGAUGCUAGUGUUAUUCUGACCUUUCUCACCCACGUCAUCGCACCGGGAUUCAUCCAGCUUUACAAGUUACGCCCGCGCGACGAUGUGGAAGGUCAAGAGAUGUACACGCCAUUGCGGGUGAUGAAGCUCUGGAUGGUGGCUGGAAUGGUUCGGCGGAAGUACGCGUCUCGCAGGAAGAACGACGCCGAGGACGAGGAGUGGCUGGAGGGCAUCGAAUGCAUGGCCGAGGCGGAGGCCUUGUCGUUUGCCGACUUGGUCUUGAUCAUCCACAAGCGCGUGAGCGCGGACGAUAUCGACCGCAUGGUGAAAGCCAUCAAGGGCUGUGCUGCUGCCCCGCGGAUUGACUUUGCACGCCUGAAGAGGACGACGGCCAAAAAGGGUGAGCAGCCAAAAGAGUUUCGCGUGCUGACUGGGGAGGAGCUCCGCAACACGAACAUUGCGCUGCAUCUGCAGGCGAUGCUAGACGCCUGGAGCGACGCGAGCCGCCAUCGUAACUCGACGCGCUCCAUGUCGAUCAAAUACGCUCCGACCCUCAGCCAGACCAUCCGGAACGCGUACGAUGCGCGUGCAAAGUCACUUCCCUCACUCUCGGCGACCGAGGCAAGCAUUUUCUGGGUGGCGGCGCGACUCAUCCCGUACUUUGCCCUGGACCCACUGAAGGCUCCGCCGGGAACUCAGACGCACAAUCGUCUCAACUUCAUGGACAGGACCGUCAACCCUGCGCUCAUUCAGUAUGCAUUGAAGGCGGGAGAUCUGCGCACCAUCACCAGCGAGAUCGGAGUCCUAGGGCACGUCUACAAGCAAGUCGUCCAGCGCCUUCGAAAGGAUGACAUGCUUGGGGGUGACUGGGUUCCAUGGACUGAUGAUGCACAGAUUUGCAGUGUCCCAGUCGAUGCCGUGGCGACUCCGACAGCUGAGGUGCCCGACAUCACGAACAUGGACGCCGUUGAGGAGAUCUCCGACGACGCCACGUUACGCGCAAAGAACCGCAUCGACCAGCUCAACGCGACGCAGGCGACGAUGAAGUCCAUCGUCAAGUCGGCGGCCAAACUCCUCAAGGACUAUCAAGUUGGCGCACCGAAGGACGUCUUUACAUUCUCGGAGGAGACUGUGGACGCCAUGGUUCUGUUCAACAAGCGGCUCGCCACCGACGUAUUCAACGUGCACGGUGGUACGGAGGAGAACAAGGCCGAGGUUAUAGCGGGUAAGCUCGAGGAGGAUGAAGCCGCGCUCCGGCAGUACACUCGCAAGGUCAGCGUUGAGCAAGUGGCGCUCAUGGCCAAGAAGCGCGAGAACCCUACGCGAGAGGUCCCGCAGGCGAAAGGGGGGAGGAAGAGGGCCGCAGUGAGUAGCGACAGUGAGGAUGACAAGGGCGAGGGCAGCUCGAAGGGGAAGGGGAGGGCGACGAAGGCUAAGAAGGCAAAGAAGACCUCCGAGUAG